AUGUGCCGCCGACAAUAUCGCGGUUGGCGGGCUUUCCCGUUGCUCGUGGAUGACAUCAAUGGUGCGAAAGCGGAGUUGACUAAGCUGGGUGUGACCGUAGCGAUGGUGGAAGGAGUCGCGGCGGGCGAAAUCGUUCGCGAAGAGUUCAAGGCGUAUGGCGACAUGCCGAAUUUCGUGCUCGUCCGAGACGGAGUUUUCAGACCAAUCAGAGGCUACCCGGAGAGUGACGAGCUCAUCGCCUUUGUGAAGAAGCGCCUGGGCCUGUCAGUGACUCACCUCACCGCCUCAGACACGCACAAGGCACAAACCCUGCUCGCUGCGUCUAACGCCAUCGCCCUCGCGCUCCUCCAUUCUUUCAGGGGCCCUGAGGCCGAGGCCUUUGCGGAAGCUUCUCGCGACAUCGACGAUAUUGAGUUUGUCUCAACGACGGAUGCAAACAUUGCUGCGGAGUUUGGGGUUGUGAGGGAGGAGCGACCAGCACUGGCAGUGAUCAAGAAGGAAGAUGAGAAGUUCGUGGCUCAUGACGGUCCCUUCACCAGCAGUGCCGUUGCUGCCUUUGUAACGGCCAACAAGCUGCCUCUGGUUACCACCUAUGACGAGGACAGCCAGUACACUAUCUUCAACAGUGACAUAACAAAACAAGUGCUGUUCCUGGCAACGAAUGAGACCUACCUGCAGCACCUGCCAGUGGUGAAAGAGGCUGCACGGCGGGUGAAAGGACUGGCUCUCUUUGUGUAUAUCAACAGCGAUCUGCCAGACUCGGAGCAUGCACUCGAGUACUUUGGCUUCAGGCACGGCGACACUGCGAUCAUGGGCAUGGUAUCCAAUGAGACCGAUGAGAUCAAGUUCAAGUUCAACGGUCAACUAACCACCGAUGACAUCGAGGCUUUUGCCCGUGAGCUUGCAGCUGACGCACUGGAGCCAUACUAUCUCUCCGACCCCAUCCCAGAGAAGAACGAUGGUCCAGUGCUGACGGUGGUGGGGAAGACGUUCAAGGAUAUUGUACUGGACAGAACCAAGGACGUGCUACUCAAGCUGGACGUGGAUCACUGUCAGGACUGCACGGACCUCGACCCCACCUUUAGGAAGCUCUCUCUCAAGUUCUCGGACGCGCCCUCAGUGGUCUUUGCGCGCAUGAAUGCCCGCAACAACGAAUACCCGGGCCUGGAGGUGUCCGCCUUCCCCACUCUGCUGCUCUAUCCAGCCAAUCGCAAGUCUGACCCGAUCGAGACGCACCAUACUCGCCUCAGCCGGUUGACCGAUUUUGUUGUGCGGAACUCGGCAAUUCCGGUCAAGGUGCCCUCUGAGACGCCGCCUCAGCGGUCGUCCCAGCGCUCCAGGUCUAAGGAGGAGGCGGAAGAAGAGAAGGAGCUUCGCCACGACCUUGAGGAGGCAAAGGCACAGAAAAGGGGGUCUCACGAUGAGCUUUGA